UCUCUCCGUGUCCCCACCAGUUUCUCCAGACAGGUCUCGCAGAAGACGUGGAGACAGGGCAGUACUCUGGGUCUCCGGUACUCCUCCAGACACACCGAACACGACAGCUGGUUCAAUAGCUUCUCCAGCGCUUGCUGGGCUGGAUUUUUGGGCUUUUUUGACCCAUUGCUGCAGGAGUACACAAAGCAU